AUGAUUUAUGCGGGCAAAAACAAAUUCGAGUCACCUGCAAACGCAACUAGCAAUUCCGGGGAAGAACCAAAGAAACUAGACGAAUCUAAUAAUUGGUGGCGCAAUAAGAAACACGCUAGAAAAUCUAGGAAUUUUUCGAAUUGCGCCAAUUUAGAAUUUGAAACCGACAAACAGUUAAACAAAGUGUUCGUUGAAGAUGAGGCCCCCAUCAACAAAAAGCUGCCCAAAGAGCUGCUCCUUCGGAUAUUUUCCUACUUAGACGUCGUCUCGCUCUGCAGAUGCGCCCAAGUAUCGAAAGCCUGGAACAUAUUGGCUCUGGAUGGCUCCAAUUGGCAAAGGAUCGAUCUCUUCGAUUUCCAAAAGGACGUAGAAGGUCCGAUAAUAGAGAACAUAUCCCGCCGAUGCGGCGGUUUCCUGCGACAGCUGUCGCUGCGCGGCUGCCAAUCGAUCGCCGACGGCUCGAUAAAAACGCUCGCCCAGCUGUGUCCCAACAUCGAAGACCUCAACCUCAACGCCUGCAAGAAACUCACCGACGCCACGUGCGCCGCCCUCUCGCGUCACUGCACCAAACUGCAACGGCUCAACCUCGACAGCUGCUCGAGCGUGACGGACCAAUCGCUGAAGGCGCUCAGCGACGGCUGUCCCAAUCUGACGCACCUGAAUAUAGGCUGGUGCAGCAACGUCACCGAGAACGGCGUCGAGGCGUUGGCGCGCGGCUGCCCGCGCCUGCGCAGCUUCAUCAGCAAGGGCUGCAAGCACAUCACGUCCAAGGCCGUGAUAUGCUUGGCCAGGUUUUGCCAUCAUUUGGAGAUCGUGAAUUUGCACGGGUGUAGCAAUAUUAGAGACGAGGCGGUUCAAGCGCUAGCGGAAAAGUGUCCUCGUUUGCACUAUUUAUGCCUGAGCUCGUGCUCGGCCCUAACGGACGCUUCAUUAGUAGCACUCGCCACCAAUUGCCAUUUAUUGUCCACUUUGGAAGUAGCCGGAUGUUCACUGUUCACCGACGCCGCCUUCCAGGCACUAGCUAGGAAUUGCAGAUAUUUAGAAAAAAUGGACCUGGACGAAUGCGUACUGAUAACAGACUCCACGUUAAUCCACUUAGCCAUGGGAUGUCCUAGAAUCGAAUAUUUGACUUUAUCUCACUGCGAACUGAUAACGGACGAAGGCAUUCGACAUCUGUCAAUGUCACCGUGCGCCGCAGAAAAUCUCACCGUUCUCGAACUGGACAACUGCCCCCUCGUCACCGACGCCUCCCUCGAACACUUGACCUCCUGUCACAACUUGCAACGGGUCGAAUUGUACGACUGUCAACUGAUCACCAGAGUCGGAAUUAGGAGAUUACGGAAUCAUUUGCCGAACAUCAAAGUACACGCGUACUUCGCGCCGGUGACGCCGCCCCCGACGGCCGGAGGCAGCAGACAGCGGUACUGCAGGUGCUGCGUGGUGCUAUGA